AUGUUUUUGGAAUCUACAGAUCCAGAAUACCUGGACAGGAUUUAUGAUGGUCCACACAUGCCAACAAAGCUUUCUGUUGUAGUUGGAGAUGAACGUCAGAAGAUGAUCCCCAAAGAAAAGAAAGACUAUACUCCUGAGGACAUCUUAUCAAUCAGUAAAGAUGCAAAAGUAAAGCACUUGUUGCACAGUGCUCUUGAUAAUGCAAUGUCAAAUAGGGUUAUUGGCUGCAAAACUGCAAAAGAAAUAUGGGAUGCCUUGGAAAAACAGCUUAAGCAUAAGCUCAAGGAGGUUAAGAAAGAAAACAGGAUUAAAGAACCUAAGAAAAAUAGGAAUGGAAAGGUUCUCACCUUCUGGAGGACAGCAAAUUACGAUGAUGGAGGUGAAAAUGGUUCUCCAUCUCUCACCUGCGAUUAUGAAGGUCAAGAGUAUGUUGUCUCACCAGCGACUGUUAGGAAGGCUCUUCAUCUUCCUGAAGAAAAGAAGUAUGAUGCUUCAGAUAAACUGAAAGUAGCUUUACCCGACAAGUAUGAAACUUUAUUCUCUGAUGAGAAUAUCCCACAGCCUCCAUCUCCUGCUCAUGAACCAGUAGCAAAAUCUGAUCCCAAACCAACCUCUGGUUCCUCUCAACAAGGACCAUCAGAGGAUCCUGAACAAGCCUUGAUUCCAUUCUCUGAUCAAUCUGCAGAGCCAAUAUUGAUUGAACCCCUUUCUGCAAUGCCACUUGAUACAGCUGCAGCUGACAAACAAAUGUCAGAGUCAACCUCUGAUCACAAUGAUCAGACAGAGGGAAACAAGUCUGUUGAAGAAAGACUUGCAGCUGAUACUGAUAUAUCAGAAAGACCCUCUGAUGCUCCAAGCAAAUCAGAGGAUGCACAGAUAGAAAUGGUCCUCCAGCUAAUUCAGGAUUCUCUGGUUCAACCUGAAGAUAUUGUUGCAGCUCCUGCUCAGGAGAUUCCCAUGGAUGAAAACUCUGAGGCAGCUACUGAAGCUCUGGAGUCACAUACUCUGAGUGUUUUUCUUGCAGACAUUGAUGAUGAUGAAGGAACAGAAGUUACAUCAACUCCCAUUCAAGCUCCUGGUCUACACUCUAUAAUCUCUGAGCCAGUCAGAGAAACUACACCAAAAAGGGUUAAUUCCCCAAUUAAGGCACUGUCACCAGUCAGGGAAUCCACUCCUUUUAUAGCUCCUGCAGUUCCAGGUUCCCCACUUCCAUCCUCUGAGCCUGCCAGAAGGAGAAUCUGCCACUUAUCUUAUAAUCACAAGAUGUGCAGAACCACAUCACCUUCUGUUGAGGACAGACUUACUUCUAUUGAGGCCACUCAGGCUUCAAUGCAUUAUACUCUAGCAGAUUUGAGUGCUUCUGUGGCACAGCUGGUACAGGUUCUCACCUCUGCUGAUGUCAAAAAGGGGGAGACAGCAUCCAAAGACAAAUGCAAAUCUGAUCAGCAAAUGAAAAGGAAAAAGCCAGAUGAUGAUGAGGAAGAAAAAGGGGAGAUGAACAAACAGCAAAAGAUGCUGCAGAUCAAAGAAACAAAGAAGAACAGUAAAGAAGCAGCAAGCUCUGAGAGACCACUCAGAGAAUCUCAAAAACAGAAAUCUAUGGAAUUGACUGUUAUAACUCAAGCUCAGAGUAUAAGCAAAGCAGUCAGAGAUUCAAAUGCUCUUGUGAACUCUGAGGUGGAAAAGAAGAAAGAGAAAUUGAUGGCUGAAGCUGACAAGUUGAUUGAAGCUGGAGACCCUGAGUCUCAGAAAUUUUGUCAAACUCUGAAACUUGAAGAAGAAAGAUUGGCUGCUGAGAAGAAGAAGAUCAGCAAAACAAAGUCUGAUGAGCAAAGACAGAUUACUAAUCCCUCACAAAAACAGAAGGUUCCAAAGAAAAAGGGAAUAGUAAUCAGUGAGGUAAAUUACACUGAUAUCAACAGACCAAGAACCAGAUCUCAAACUCUGCCCGAGUCUGACUCAAAAGACAAAGGAAAGAAACCAGUUGAUAUAGUUCCUCCAGUUCCUUCUAUGCCAAAGAAGUCAAUAAUUACAUUAGCACCAGAGAAUCCUACUAAGAGGAUGAUCAAGCUGAGCAAGAAUAUACACAUAAUUGCUAAUGUCUCUGAUCAAGCAGAAGAAAAGGAAGCUAAACUGGUCAGAAGAAGAAAAGGUGAAUUCAAGUCAAUUCCUGAGAAAACUUUAACCUCUGACAUUGCUCAAGUUAAAGUUCCAGUAACUGAAUAA